AUGAUGGUGACCUGCGCGGGCGGGCGGCGGGACCAGUAUUUCCAGUCAGCUUUAGUGUCUGUUAAACGCACUGAGGCCAAGGGAGCCUCCACUCCAUAUGCUUGUGUAGAUGACACCCCGCACGUCCCCGAUGAGGAUCUUGGAGAAGAAAAGGUUCUGCACAUCAUAGGAAAUCUGACUUCUCUGAUAAAAGAGACAUUUCCAGAUACUAAGGUCUACGCGGCAAUGGGCAAUCAUGACUUCCACCCCAAGAAUCAGUUUCCAGGGAAGGAGCACAGGAUCUACGAGCGAACAGCUGAGCUGUGGCGUCCCUGGCUGAAUGAUGCUUCUGUUCCUCUUUUCAGAGCAGGAGCUUUCUACAGGCAGAAGCUGCCCAGCACAAGCGGGCGAAUGGUUGUCCUCAAUACCAAUCUGUACUACGACCAGAACGCCGAGACGGCUGGUGAGGAAGAUCCUGGAGGGCAGUUCCAGUGGCUGGAAGAAACGCUGACCAAUGCCUCUCGAGCAGAUGAAAUGGUCUACAUCGUGGGACACGUCCCUCCGGGCUUCUUCGAGAAGAAGCGAGGCAAGCGCUGGUUCCGGAGUGGCUUUAAUGAACGAUACUUGAGAAUCGUGCAGAAGCACCACAGAGUGAUUGCUGCCCAGUUUUUUGGGCACCAUCACACGGACAGCUUUCGAAUGUUUUACAGUGACACAGGUUCUCCAAUCAAUGUCAUGUUCCUGGCCCCGGGAGUGACUCCCUGGAAAACAACGUUACCUGGAGUGGUCAAUGGAGCCAACAACCCCGGGAUUCGGGUGAUCGAGUACGAUCCGGACACCCUUCGAGUGCUGGACAUGGUGACUUACUACUUGAACCUAACUCGUGCCAACAUGGUGGCCUCGGCAGGAACGGAGGAGGUCCCGGCGUGGGAGGAGGAGUACAGGCUGACGGACGCCUUCCAGGUCCCCGACGGCUCUGCGCCCUCCAUGCAGGUGGUGCUGGAGAGGAUAUCGACGGAGCCGCGCUACCUGCAGCGGUACUACGAGUUCAACUCCGUCAGCUACGACCUCACCCCGUGCGAGGAGGCCUGCCGCGUCGAUCAUGUUUGUGCCAUCAGGGAAGUCGAUUUUACGAAAUACAAUCGGUGUGUUAAAGCCCGCAGCCCUGCCUCCGCCAUCAGCAGU